GGUACGAUAUCGGCAUUCUUCGACAGAGAUAGUGCAGUGCGGUAGUGGCACGAUGAGAUUAUUUUUUAUUUGUUUAUUAAUAGCCAGUGCAGUGAACUUACAAGCGUACAAAGUGUUACUAUGUUUUCCCUUCCCGGUGAGAAGUAUGAACAGUUUGGGCGACGGGUAUGCCAGGCAUUUGAUAGAUGCUGGACAUGAGGUGACAUUUAUAACAGCAUUCCCCAAGAAGCAGAAUAUUCCAAACCUGCGUGAAAUCGAUGUUAGUGACAACUACGAAAUCAUAGCUAACGAGAACUUCAACAACAUAAGUUUCAUUCUUGAAAACAUCCUGGACUUAAGCAGUGACGUGGAGUUCCUCCAGCGUCUGACCCUGGAUAUAGCUCUGAAGACAUUGGAGAAUAAAGAUGUGAAGGCACUGAUGGGGAAUCCAAAAGAGACAUUCGACGUGUUCAUCGCUGAUUUGUUGGAGACUGAACUCUAUGCUGGAUUCGCAGCUCUGUACAACUGCCCCCUGAUUUGGGCGUAUUCCAUGGGAGCCCACUGGGUGGCCAUGCGCCUGAUCGACGAUCCAACAAACCCUGCUUAUUCUUCAGACUACUUCACGACCCCCAUAGCACCGUUUUCCUUCACAGACCGCUUCCGAGUGCUCUGGGAGAAUGUGAAAUGGCGAUAUGCUAAAACCUUCAUAACUCAGCCAAAAGAGGAAGCAGCUUACAUAAGCAUAUUUGGCCCUGAAUUAAAAAAGCGUGGCAUGAUCAUGCCGGAUUAUGAUGAUCUUAUUUACAACGCGUCAUUGGUGCUAAGCAAUGACCACCAUGCGUCUGGUAACACACCGAAGACCCCCCAGAACUGGAAAUUUGUGGGGGGAUUCCAUAUUGAAGCACCUGUAAAACCUUUACCUGAGAAUCUGAAAACCAUAAUGGAUAAUGCUGUGCAUGGUGUCAUUUACUUCAGCAUGGGGUCAGUAUGGAAUAGCGAGCUUAUACCGAAGCAAAUAACUGAUGGUCUUCUCGAGACCUUCGGGGAACUGAAGGCUACAGUUAUUUGGAAAUACGAGGGAAAGCUUCCUAACUUGCCUAAGAAUGUUCAUAUAGUCAAGUGGGCGCCACAGCAGAGCAUUUUAGCGCACCCCAACUGCAAAUUAUUCAUAACUCACGGAGGGCUUUUAUCCUCGACUGAAGCCCUACACUUCGGAGUCCCCAUCAUUGGUGUUCCCAUCUCGUACGACCAGUUCCUCAACAUUGAGAAGGCGGUUACCAGAGGAUAUGCGCUGCAAGUGGCUCUGUCUUAUAACUUGCCUGAGGAGUUAAGAUCUGCUAUUAACGUUGUGUUUGACAAUCCGAAGUACCGAGACCAAGUGAAGAAACUGUCUAAGAUAUACCAUGACCGUCCAAUAGCCCCUGGCAAGGAGUUAGUACACUGGAUAGAGCAUGUCAUCCGAACUCAAGGAGCUCCACACCUACGCUCACCGGCUAAUCUCGUACCAUUCUACCAGAAGGCAUAUCUAGAUAUUUUAAUGAUAGCUAUAGCUGUGGUUGCAUUGGUGAUAUAUUUGAAGAAUUUGAUGUUUGGAGAGAGUAAUAAAAGACAGAGUAAGAAGAAGUAUAAGAGAAACUAGCAUAGAACUAAGGCGCAGAACAGACGGUGAAACGAAACUGCAACUGUUAGUUACUUUUGAGUUGCAUCUAAGUUGCUGCUAUAGCGUCCGUUGAGAGACCACACAUGACGCGACCAGUUUGAAACUUUCAGUUUAGUUUCAUUCAUAAGAAUCAUCAAAAAGUUGCAGUUGCGUUUCACCGUCUGUUCUGGGCCUAAGUUAGGCUGAUAAAUUAAACGUUACUGAAAAUGA